UCAACUAAGAUAAUCGCACCAGCAACACAGUGUGCGCGAGUGUUAAAGAAUUUGAAUUAAUUAUUGGUUUGGUACCGUGUUUCUAUAUUUCGUUCGGUGCCUGUAUUAUAUUUUUUCGCCGUACGAAUUAUUCAUUUUCGACGGAAUCAAAAUGGGCAGCGUCGAAGAAAUCUAUGAAAAUGAAAUACACCGUACCAUCACGCGGCGUACGAGCUACAAAAUUCAAGAGACGUCGUCAAAAAAGACCACUACCAUGACCACCGCCCCGGCCAAGCUGUAUGGCAAGAACCUGAGCGAAUACGACGAGCUCGAUGUCGACCAACUUCUCUCUCAAUUGUCACCAGAAGAAAUCAGCAUUUUGGCCAAAGAAGUUGAUCCAGAUGACAACUUAUUACCACCAUCAGAGCGUUGUAGUUAUGAAUGUAACAAAGAAGCCACCGGACCAUUAAACAGAAAAAAACUGAUCGAACACAUUAAUAAACAGGCUUUAGAAACGCCUGAUCUUCCAGAAAUUAAACCAUAUGUUGCUGGAACUAUACGGGGAAAAAAGUGGGUGGCACCUGAAACCAAUGGUAACACUGAACAUGAAGAUAAAAUUGCCAUUGAUCUUGAUGAUGAAUAUGGUGAUGCAUUAAAUACCGCAUCACAAGAAGAAAUCAUAGAUUUGGCCGCUAUACUAGGAUUCCAUUCAAUGAUGAACCAAGACCAAUACCAUGCUUCACUAUUGAAUAAAGGUCAGCCAGUUGGCUUAGGAUGGGAUGGUGUUACUAAGGCAACACAGCCUAAGGUUUAUCCCCCAGAACCACCCAAUCAAACAGAUCCAGAAGAAAGUAUUAAACGGGURCGUGAUGAUGAUCCUAAGCUACUUGAUCUCAAUUGGAACAACAUUAAAAAUAUUUCUGAUGAAAAGUUUGAGAGUCUAUUCAAUGCUUUAGUGGAAAAUACUCAUUUAGAAACAUUAAGUUUGGUAAAUGUUGGACUUACUGAUCGGUUAGCAGACAAGCUAGCUGAAGCAUUAGAAAAAAAUUGCACAUUACGUGUUUGCAAUGUGGAAACAAAUUUUAUUAGCCCUGUAGGAAUAAUUCAUUUAGUCAAGUCUUUAUUGAAACAGAGAUCUUUGGAAGAAUUCCGUGCCACUAACCAGAGAUCCCAAGUAUUGGGAAAUAAGAUAGAAAUGGAACUUACUAAAUUGAUUGAACAAAAUCCAACCAUUCUUAGACUUGGUUUACAUUUGGAGUACAAUGAUGCUCGUCAUCGCAUUGCAUCACAUUUACAACGCAAUAUUGACAGGAGCCGCUUACGCAGAACUGGUCAUUUUGCGCGUACGUACACUGGCGGUUGGGUUGUACACAAAAAGGCUAAAUAAUUAUGAGUUUGUGCCUAGACCUUGGUCCUAGACUCUUAUUUUUUAACUAUUUAAUUAUAUACUAUAUUUAUGUAAUGUAUUGUUUUUUUUCUCCUCAUUAAUUGUUUAAACAAUUUGUAUAUAUAUUUAUGUUGUGGUCUUAUGCUGGCCUUUUCAUAUGCGUUUAGUUAUUAGUGCAUGUGUGUGACAAUUGUAUUGAUUUGAAUUUUUAAACAUAAAAUUGUAUUUAUUAAUA